GCAAAGGAGCCUGACUCGGGCCACAGUUUCCAGAGAGACGAGCGAGUCAUUUCAUUGUCGCUCGAGUCGGCAGAGAAUAUGCAGAAGAUGGCCAAAGUCCCUGACCUCUUUGAAGACCUGAAGAACUGUUACAGUGAAAAUGAAGAAUACGGUUCUGAAAUUGACCAUCUCUCUCUGAAUCAGAAGUCCUUCUAUGAUGCAAGCUAUGAGCCACUUCAAGAGGACUGCAUGGACAAACUGAUGUCUCUGAGUACCUCUGAAACCUCUAAGACAUCCAAGCUUACCUUCAAGGAGAGUGUGGUGAUGGUGGCAAGCAAUGGAAAGAUUCUGAAGAAGAGACGGCUGAGCUUAAAUCAGUUCAUCACCAAUGAUGACCUAGAAGCCAUUGCCAAUGACACAGAAGAAGAAAUCAUCAAGCCCAGAUCAGUACCUUACAACCUGCAGAGCAACGUGAAAUACAACUAUAUGAGGAUCGUCAACCACCAGUGCAUCCUGAAUGACGCCCUCAAUCGAAGUAUAAUUCGAGACCCGUCAGGUCAAUACCUCAUGGCUGCCGUGUUAAACAACCUGGACGACGCAGUGAAAUUUGACAUGGGUGCUUAUACAUCAGAAGAGGAUUCUCAACUUCCUGUGACUCUAAGAAUCUCAAAAACACGGCUGUUUGUGAGUGCUCAAAAUGAAGACGAACCUGUGUUGCUGAAGGAGAUGCCUGAGACACCCAAAACCAUCACAGAUGAGACCAAUCUCCUCUUCUUCUGGGAAAAGCAUGGCAGUAAGGACUACUUCAAAUCAGCUGCCCAUCCAAAAUUGUUUAUUGCCACAAAGCAAGAAGAACUAGUGCACAUGGCAAAGGGGCUGCCCUCGAUCACCGACUUUCAGAUACUGGAAAACCAGUCUUGAUUCUGGAGGCUACGUACUUGUGAAGUGUUGACAGUCCGUAUGUACCAUGUACAUGAAGGAGUCAAAUCCUUCACUCUUAGUCACUUGCUCAGCAGGUGCCCUUUGUAGUUCUAAAGGAAUGUUUACUCUCUAUGUAAGAGAGAGAGCCAAGUCUAGCAGAAUCAACACUGACAUCUAAUAUUGCUUGUUAUUUAAAGAACACCCUAUACUUUGCAAACUACCAAUCAUUUUAAUUAUUAUUCUGCAUAAAGAUCUUGGGUGGACCAGGGCAACUGACUAUGGCUACCAAAAAGGCUCUACCCAUAUUAUAGCUGGGUUAACUAAAGCAUAAGAAUACUAAGAAAUACCCACAAUAGCAGCUGGAAUGAGAAGCCAUGGACCUGGUAUUUCAUUUCAACUGUUCACCUUCUGCUUUUAAAUCACUGAUGGACCCGGUAUCCAAUACUCUAAGUUUCUGGGACCUCAGUCUGAUCAUCUUCAAAAUGGAGGGGAUGGUACCUAUAUCCUUCCUGCCCCAACAGUGUUCUAUGCCAAUCAAUGAGCUGUUUUAGCAAAAUGCUUCUUGAAGCUGAGCUCAGGAAGAAGGCAAAGCAGGAAAUGUUAUUUUAAGUUAUUAUUUAUAUACAUAUACAUAUUUAUAAAUAUUAUUUCUAAGAUAAUUAUAAGAUAUUAUUAUAUUUAUGGCAAUUCCUUGUCUUCUCUGAGUGUGAUUUCAGCAAUAGUAGACAGCGUUUUCCAGGCUGAGAGAGUCUGAGUUACUAAGGCACUUUGGUCCAAGUUGUGAACCUCUGUAUUCUGCUACCUCAGA